GCGAGAGGGAGUAUUUGGAAUACCCACACCAGGAAGCACUUGACUGGACGGGAUGCUGUAACCAUGAAUGGGAGCGGUUCUGGCACCUUGGGGAUAACUUUGAUAACAAUGUACACAUUAUUACUAGUUUUUAUUUCAACAGCAGGAGCGAUAACAUUGAACGGAUCGUCUGAAUACGCUACUCCGGGGAAUAGAUUUGACUUAAUAUGUAAUGUUCCAGAAGAGGCAACAACUGUCACCUUUUACAAAGACCCUAGUCAGAAUGUAGGGAGUGUAGUCGUAUCAAAUGCUACCUGCUAUUUUCGAAAUGAUACUACAAAUACGACCACUUUAUGUUCCGAGAAUACAUGCUCAUGUCGACCAUGGAAUGGUACAAGCCUUGGAACUAGGUUCGAGUUGGUAAUAUUGCCAACGGCGGAGGAUCGGAACUCAUCUUGGUCCUGUAGUCGAUAUCUUCCAGGGUCGAACAACUUGACAUCUGAAAUAUACAUUCUUCCUGUAGCAAAAGGUCCCGUUGCGCCUUUAUCCCUGAGCCCCUCAGAUAUCAGUUACACAAGGACUGAGGACGAAGCGUUACCGACCAUCACCUGUAUUGCCGACUGUACACCUACGUGUUCAUUUGUCUGGACAAAGCCGGAUAAUACCAACUUUACCGAGUCCCCUAUUCUAUCACUGGGACAACUGGACAGGUCCGAAACUGGGAUUUAUACGUGUACAUCACGUAAUAUAUAUGGCACUGUCUCAAUAUCAAUCAUCAUCACUGUUCAAUAUGGUCCGGGUUCUUCUAUUUCACUAAAUCCUCCAAAUGUUGUCUACGAGAAGAAUGAGGGAGACAUAUUACAGUCUAUCACUUGUUCAGCCAACUGUUCACCUAGCUGUUCUUUUGUCUGGACAAAGCCGGACAGAUCAAACUUCACUGUUUCACCUGUUUUGUCCCUGGGAGAACUGAACCGGUCAGAACACGGACAUUACACAUGCUAUGCAAGGAAUGACAUCGGAUUUGCCUCAGCGAUGGCAAACGUUAAAGUACAAUAUGGACCAAGCAACAGCGUAGCAACCUCGACCUCUAACAUCGACAAGAUUGAGAACCAGACAAUUCCGGAUAUCACAUGCACUGCCGAUUGCAGACCGCCAUGUGUAUUUUCUUGGUCCAGAGAUAGAGAUAGAGAUCCGUAUUCCAACCCACUGUCGCUGUUAUUAGCCAAGAGAGAAGAUAGUGGAAAUUACACGUGUACAGCCUCAAACAUUGUUCAUCAGUCAACUAAAGGGUGGUCACUGACCGUUAGAUAUAAUCCGCGGAUUGUGAAUCUGAAGUAUACACAAGGUAAUGCUGAUAUCAUCGAGAAUUCAUCAAAAUCAAUGACAUGCGCAGUAGAGAGUUUUCCGCACUCGAGUAUUACGUGGUACUAUAAACGUAAUAAUACACAGCUAAAAACCAACUCAAACGUUCUGGAGAGCACAUAUAACCUAGUGUCUGCCAACUGUCUGGAUACAGGAUUAUACACUUGUUCCGCAAGCAACAGCGUCUCAAACACACCAACUACAAUGGAUUUACCCAUAAAUGUUUUGUGUAAACCUAGGAUGGAUACAAGGGUUACCAAUAUUGUUAAAAUAGGAGUUAGUCUAUCAAAAGACUUAAUAAUAACUGCAUCAUUCAUGUCCAAUCCGGAGCCAACCUUUUCCUGGCUAUUUCACCAAAACGUUGCUACGGACGUUGUACAUGGGAAAGAUAGAGUUUCCAUACGUAAUUCAUUCAAUUCAACUAGUCUUUCUGCAGUUUCCACGCUAACAAGAUCUAGAAUGGAGGAGAGAUGGCUCGGAAGUUAUAUAGUUACGGUUUUCAAUAGCCAGGGGUCUGUAACACAGGUAUACACGAUUGUAGCGCAAGGUAAACCAGAUCCUCCUUAUCAAGGCAAAGUUGAAUGUUCUGACUCCUAUAGAGCCAUGUUAAGUUGGACGUCAAGCUUUAAUGGUGGUUCAGAGCAGAAAUUUGUUGUAGGAAUGAAAGGCAUUCAGCAGGAUAGUUUUAUUAUCAACAUGAAUGAAAAAUAUGAUGACCCUGGUCGAAAUGAAACUGCCAACGCAGAAAUUUCUGGUCUCUCGCCCGAUCGACUAUAUAUUUUCAAUGUCGUUGCGAUUAACGAAUAUGGCAAUUCAACUCUUCUGGAAGAAGUUAAUUGUACGACUAUUAGAGUUCCCGUCAGCGAUGUUUCUAUUAAUGGAGGAAUUAUUGCAGCUGUCGUUGUUUCUCUCCUUGUCAUCAUCGCUUUAGGCGCGAUCGCUUUUUUCAUAUUCAGGGGGAAGAUUUUUGCAUUGUUCAACAAAGGGCGUGAUACGGAGUUGCCAAGCUCUGGAAGUAGGGUUAAUGGAUGUUCCGAUAUAAAUGCAGACAUAGAAACGGAUACAAAGACGUACGAUCAAGUGAACUUUGGUACACGAGAAAAUCCGCCAAACGAGGCAGCUCAGGACAAUACUUACGUCGCAUUAACACAGGAUCGAGAUAAGCCGAACCUCUACGAUGAUUUACAGCGCAGAAAAGCUCCAUGUGCGCAGGCGGAAUAUGCUAGCGUAAAACGAGGGGAUGAUGCGAACCCAAAACAUGAAAGACAAUCACAUUUAUACAUGAACGUGAAAAUCAAAAACCCAAAGCAAGAUACGGACCCAACCUAUAUUAAUAGUCAUGUUUUGGAAAUGAAAAAACGGAAAAGGAAAAAAAAGAAAAGUUGAAUGAAAAAACUUAAAUCGGACGUAUAUUUUCUCUUUUGCAGAAAUGUGUUAUCUAAUUGCAAAACGUGUUUUAUAUAUUAAGUUUAGGAUGUCAACACAUUUAAAAUACGUUAUUCAGAAACAACUUCCAAAACGACAAUUUGUCAUUGUGGUGAGGAACCAUAGUGGUACAUGUAUUGAUAUAUUUCUAUACCGUGUGUACCAUUUGUUGGUACACUGUAUUGAUAUAUUUCUAUACCGUAUAUACCAAUUGUUGGUGUUAAUUGGAUACAUUUCCAUAACGUUCAUGUAGGUACUAUCUAUUGAUGUUAAUUAGAUAUAUUUUUAUACCUGUCUGUACCAUCUUUAGUUUUGAUAAGAUACAUUUCAAUUUGUGGUUGUUAAUUAGAUAUAUCUUUAUACUUGUCUGUGCCAUUUUAUGUCUUUUUUAUAAGCUGUCGAUAUACUGUACAUGUCGUGGCAUUGGUAAGAUACAAGUCAUAGUAAUUGUCUAUAAAUUAUAGAGCUGUGUUCUUUAGCUGUGUAUAAUUAUACCGAUAAAUGACAGAGUGUGAAGUGUUAUAGAAAGAUACCAUAAAUGUAGUGUAAUAGGGAUUAAGUUAUAUACAGUAUACCUGUACACAAAGUCUACCUUUAGUCCGCAGGAUUAUCUGGUAUUAUUUUGUUAAUACUGGUUCAGUCACUUGAAAACAACGCAUCCAAUGUCGCGACCAGAGGUGAUCUUGGAUGGAACUCUACUGUUGUCAAGCUAAACCUCGAAGUAUGUAGACUCUGGUUAAGGCUCGCGGGUACAACAGAGGACCGUAUGGUUAAACGGCUCCACGAGUGGUCUAAAACCAGGACAGGAAGCUGGGAUAAACGUGUUGAAAAACUUUUUAAUGAACACAAUCUUAAUGAAUUCUUAGCGCCUAGCCCUAUUCCGAGUUACUGUAUGAAUUUAGCUAAAUGUGUAUUCAAAACAAAGGACGAAAACAAGUGGUAUCAUGAACUAUGGAAUGAUAUAGGGAAAACUAAUGGAAAUAAGUUGCGUACUUACCGUACAUUUAAAUCUGUUUUUACCCCAGAAUCAUAUAUAUAUACUGUUGUAAAUUUUAAGCAUAGGCAAACGUUAGCCAAGUUCCGUUGUGGUAAUUUGAAAUUGAAAAUAGAGACAGGCCGGUAUUCUCGUCCUCCCUUAGCAUUACAUGAGAGGAAAUGUAUUUUAUGUCAGUCAGGAUUAGUAGAAGACGAGCGCCAUUUUUUAAUUGACUGUGAGUUUUAUUCAGAUAUUAGGCGAAUUUUAUUUAGUGAAGAUAGCAAUUAUUGUCCAAACUUUUUAGAAUUAAACCCAUAUGAACAAUUUCAUUAUCUUAUGACAAGUGAUGAUCUUCAGCCUAUUAUAGCUUCAUCACUCUAUCUGAUGUAUCGCAGAAGAUCCUGCUUUACCUAUAUUAAAACAGAACUUUUAACUAUAUUGUGUCUCAUAAGUCAAAUUGGCUGGAUGUCAAUAUAAUUUUAAUGCAACUUGUAAAGUUUUUAUGACUUCUACUGUAUUUUAUAUAUCUGUAAUAUUGACAUGUGACACGUUAAUAAAAUAUUUUGUAUUGUAUUGUAUUGUAACUUUGCAUAUAAUAAAUACUUUGUGCAAGCCGUUGGGCGAUAUCUUGGCGUGUAAGUGCUCGAUUUCGCAUUGACCGAGAUUAUUUUAUAUUGACUUAAUCAAACAUGUCAUUAUCUAUUUCAUACAAUUACGAUUAGAAAUAUUUAUGAUUUACAUUUUGAUAAAAUCUAUUUAUACAUGCACACACGGUAAUGUCUCUUUCAUCCUUCAUGCAUAUUCCUCGGGGAUUAUCGUGUUAAAGCGAAAGUGAAAGCGACCCUGCAAUAUCACGGAUGUUUGUCGCUUCAUGAAUACAUUUGCAUUUAGUUAAAUGGUGUUUUUAUGAUUUAUCAUGGGUCAGAUUAUGAUGUCUGAUCGAUGAUGUUAUGAUUUAUAUUUUGAACAGAUCACGAUGACUUAUUGGUGAUAUUAUGAUUUAUCAUGGGUCAUAUUAAGUUAACUAAUUGGUGAGGUUAUGAUUUACAAAAAAAUGUACCUAAGAUCCAAUUAUGGUGACUAAUUGGUGAUGUUAUGAAUUAUCAUGAUCAGACUAUGAUAAAUAAUUUGUGAUGGUGAUGCAAGUAGAAUGAAUGUGAAUAUAUAUAUAUAUAUAUAAUGAGGUGUGCAAGCCCUACUGUGAGAGGACAUAUAUGUACAUAUACAUGUAAUAUAGAAUAAACAUGUUGUGUCUGAAUAAAAAGAAAUCAAUAAAGAAAAUAAUAAUAAUAA